AUGAUGAAAUUUCAGCAAAACCUCGUUGGUUUCCGUACACUUCUUGAGGAGACUCCUGAGCUCAGCGGAGGAAAGCAUCUUGGUGUUUUCCCUCAGGAGCCCAUUCAGAACGAGUCCCGUCAUGAGCAGACACCAUCCCUGUACAACUCAUUGAAGGUCGGCGAGGUUAAAAAAAGCAUUGGAUCUGAAUUUCCGAAAUUUCUCAAGGAAACUCGAGUCCCACCUUUCUUUGAGAUGCACGCUACGCCUGAUAUGAGCGAACCAACAUACACUGUGAGUGACAACUGA